AUGAGCAGGGCACUUUUCCGCUCCAUCUUGGAGCUUAGAGCUCCAAGCGCCCGACUCUCGACACCCUCGUCUCUAUUGGCAAUCCAAGCCCGCACCUUCACCUCCACAGCUCCCAUCGUCGAGCCAUUCCCUGAGCGUCACCCAAAGAAUGCUACCAAUCCCACGGCAAAUGAAACUCGACCCCUCGCUUUGAAAGUUAGCCAUCCUACACCGCCUCCAAAGCCUAUGGAAGACUCAGUCAGGAACCUUCUGCCAUUCCUUGCAGCCCAGCCAGACCACUACAUCACGGUUCAUGUCCAUGGAUUCCCCUACCUUGUGCGCGAAGGCGAUCAAGUUCGUCUACCUUUCCGAAUGCCCGGUGUUCAGCCUGGAGAUGUACUGCGACUCAACCGUGCGAGUGUCCUUGGUAGCAGAGAUUACACCAUGAAAGGCGCUCCCCAUAUUGAUGAGCGGGUUUUUGAGUGCAGGGCUACUGUUGUUGGCACAGAAUCUGAGCCGCUACGAAUCAAAAUCAAGAAGAAGAGGAGGCAAAGGAGAAUGAGACAGGCAAAAAGCAAGCAUCGAUAUACUAUUUUACGGAUUUCGGAACUGAACAUCAACAACUUGGAGGAUAUCGAAUGA